CAGCGGAACUACGUACGUAUACUACUUGAGUAAAUUUUAUUACCAAUAGUUGUCGAAUUUUUUCUUGGUUGAUGACAGUUUCUCGGAGGAUGAAUAACGCAGGAAUGUUAAUUGCGGCGAUGCUAUUGCUAUACGCCGGAGAAUCGAGAGGCUAUGGAACGGGUCCCCCAGAAAUCGCUUGUUCCUCCAUGAGGCCAAGCCAUUACGGCGCAAGUGAUCCAUUCACCCCGUCUCCAUACACCAUCACCGUGAGCAAACAGAAAUACAAAGCAGGAGAGAGUAUAGAUGUGACCCUAAAAGGUGCAAACGGAGAGAAAUUCAAGGGUUUCUUUGUGCAAGCUCGUAAACAUAACUCACAGUCUGUUAUACCAGUUGGAACAUUCACUGAAGUCACCAGUGUGGGCUCGAAGAAUUUGUGCAGGCAAAGAAAUGGAGAUCAUGCCAUAAGUCACUCCAAUUCCAAUCAGAAGUCGGAGGUAGUACUCAGGUGGACUGCUCCAGCAAAAUCUGCAGGUGACAUAGUGUUCAGAGUCACAGUAGUUAUGGCUUAUGACACUUUCUGGGACAAUCAAGAGUCUGCAGUGGUGAAAGAGGUUAAUUCUUCUGGUGCAGUCAUUGGAUAGACAAGUUGUGAUGACAAGGGCUACAUCAUUUAAAAGCACUGUUAUCUGUAAAUUCACAUUCUGGAAAAUGUGAUUUCAAAUUAUGAUGGAAUAAAAGAUCCAAAUCCACUAAAAGCAUUCAGAGUUUUUAUCUACAUUUUUCUUUUCCGCUUCUCCAAUAUUUCUUCACAGCUAUCACCAUAAACAGUCUUCUGGCUGGUCUUCUAUCAUCUAGUAUGGUUGUCUGUAGGCCAGUGACAGCAUCAGGCCUGGUGCAUUCUAGUACCUAGCCCAAAAGGUGAAAAUCUACUAUCACUUGAGAGUGCCACCACACAAUAUUUAGUCUGUGUACUGGUCUUCCAUCACACAGUUGUGUCCCCACUGCUAUGAUGUCACAUAACAGUCUGAUGGCACACAGUAGUCUGCCCACUGGACU